GAACAAUUCACGAUUCUUUCAAUAAUAUCCAGUUUUUUAGGAAGCAAAUAAUUCGUGCAUGCAUAUUAUUUUCCUUGUAAUUUACUGAAUUAUAUUUAAGUAAUAUAGAAAAAAUUAUAGAAGAUGCAGAUAAAUUGUACAAAUUGUCCAGUGCCACUAACAAGUAAAGUCACUCUAUCAUCAACAUGUGGUGGGCCAUCUUUUUUAUUGUUCAUGGGUAUUUUGGAGUCAUUUAUUCGUAAACAAUGUGAUCUAGAUGAUCCAUGCAAUCGAGUUAUAUCACGCGAUGAACCCAAUACAAGUUAUGACUACGUUGUAAUUGGAGCGGGAAGUGCUGGUUCAGUAGUUGCCUCGAGAUUGUCUGAAGAAAGAGAUUAUUCAGUUUUACUUUUAGAAACAGGAUUAGAUGAACCAGGAUGGCUUCAUGUGCCAUCAUUUUUUGUUAAUCCAAUACAUACAGAUUUAGACUGGCAAUAUAGUUUUCAAAGUGAAGGCAAUGAUUGUUCAAAUGAAAAUGCAGCACAAUGUUAUUGGCCAAGGGGAAAGGUUUUAGGAGGUACAAGUACAAUAAACGCAAUGUUAUACAUGAGAGGUGCUCAUGAAGAUUUUAAUAAAUGGGAAAGAAUGGGAAAUAGUGGUUGGUCUUUUGAGGAUGUUCUUCCAUUUUUCAAGAGAAGUGAAAAUAAUUUACAAAUGAAUCGAAUUGAUCGUGAAUAUCAUGGACAAGAAGGGCCACUUCCUGUGACACAAUUUAAUUAUCAUCCUCCAAUGAGUUAUGAUAUCUUAAAAGCUGCCAAAGAAUUAGGUUACGAUAAUUUGGAUUUAAAUGGAAGAAAUCAUACAGGAUUUGCAAUUGGUCAAAGUACAUCGAGAAGAGGUAGUCGAUAUUCAACUGCACGUGCAUUUCUUAGACCGGCGAGAAAUCGUCAUAAUUUACACAUUAUGCUAAAUUCCACUGCAACGAGAAUUAUUUUCAAUAAUAAUAAAACAGCCAUUGCUGUUGAAUUUUAUAAAAAUGGAAAAUUCAUCAAAAUUGGAGUUAAUAGAGAAGUUAUCGUUAGUGGAGGUAUAAUAAAUUCUCCGCAAAUACUAUUGAAUAGUGGAAUUGGACCUAGAGCAGAUUUAGAAGCAAUUGGAAUUCCAUUGAUUCAUGAUCUUCCAGGUGUUGGUAGAAAUUUACACGAUCAAGUUCAUGUUCCCUUGACAUUUUCCAUCAAUGAAACGGACAAAAAUGAUUUAAAUUGGGCUUCUGUUAUUGAAUAUUUACAAUACAGAACAGGACCCCUAAGUGGCAUUGGAAUUCUACAAACAACAGGAUUUAUAAAUACAAAAUAUGCAAAUCCACAAGAAGACUAUCCGGAUAUACAAAUGGUUUUUGGAGGAUACAUGGCGGCAUGUUCUGAAAAUGGAAUGAUCAAUCGGAUUCCAAAGAGUAGACGAAAAAUUGCAAUUCUACCUGUAGUUAUUCAUCCAAAAAGUAAAGGUUACCUACGAUUGAGAAACAAUAAUCCACUCUCAAAACCACUAAUUUAUCCUCGCUAUAUGUCUAAUUCUGAUGACAUAGCUGUACAAAUUGAAGGAAUUAAAUUUGCUCUACGAUUUGCUUCAACGAAUGCAUUUAGAAAAUAUGAUAUUCAGUUUGACAGAAGUACAUUUAAAAUUUGUGAACACUUAGAAUUUGGAAGUGAACCCUAUUGGCAAUGUGUAGUGAGAAAUUAUAAAAGCACAGUAAAUCAUCAAGCAGGAUCAUGUAAAAUGGGACCUGAUUCAGAUCCACUGGCAGUGGUUGAUCAUUUAUUGAGGGUCAAGGGUGUGAGAGGUGUUAGAGUAGCUGAUGCUAGUGUUAUGCCACAAGCAACUUCAGGAAACACAAAUGCUCCCGCUAUUAUGAUUGGGGAAAGAGUUGUUGAUUUUAUCAGAAAUGUUAAGUGAAAUUUAAAAAUUAUUUAUUACUAUAGUAUUAAAUCACAAUUUAAUACUGUAAUAAAAUAACAAAUACAGAAAUAAAAAAAAAAUUUAAUAUUGA